CGGGAAUUCUAUGCGAAGUUCGUGUUUGUAGUCCUCGACAAUGGAAAGCCGACCUAGGCCUUUUCUACCUUCAAUUGCAAUAUCUGCCUUCAGCAUUGAUUUUGAACGAUACCUUUGUCUUAACUCCUCUACUACAGCGCAGUCAUCUUGUUGAGAGGUGAUAAUCAACUUCGAUUAUUUGCCCAAACCUGCAUUAUGAAUGAGUCUACAAUCGAUUUCUGGAAUAUUCCAGCGGGGCGACCUCCUCCUGGAGUGGUACCGAAUUUCGUCGAUCCGCAGACCAUUAGGCCUGUUUUGACGAUUGGAAUUUACGUUCUCUUACCACUAAUGCUCUCCUUCGUGGUGGCUCGAAUCUAUACUCGUGCUUUCGUGACCCGGAUGUUUGGUGUCGACGAUUGUGAUACGAUAUUACAUGGCAGAAUCAAGACUGAUAUUCAAUAUGAAUGUAUAGUACUGAACUUGAAGCCAAUCUCGCCACUUGGAAGACAUCUCUGGGAUAUUCCCGUUGCAGCGAUCACCAAUCAAUAUCUCAUUGCUAUGUCAUUGGUAGCCAGUCCUGCGGCUCUCAUGUUCGUCAAAAUAUCGAUUUUGGUCUUUAAUUAUCGAAUAUUCCAGGCAGAGCUUUGGGCUCGUUAUGCCAUGUGGGUAGGCAUAACUGUUGUGACUGCCUUCUACUUAACCAAUAUUAUCGUGGUCCUAGCGGUGUGCACGCCCGGACAUGGGGAGACCUGGCUUUCAAAGGCAGAAUAUGGUUCUUGUGCCCCGACAGAGAUCAAACUGGCUCAUGCCCAAGGAAUCUUUGGUUUCAUCUCGGAUUUAUAUAUCGUAGCCAUUCCAUUGUGGAUAGUGUCUCAUCUGAGACUUCCCACCAAGCGCAAGGCUGGUGUCAUGGUGGUCUUUCUUACAGGUUUCCUUCUCUGCGAAGUAUGCUUCGGUCUAAUCGCCAGCUGCAUGCCCGCCAUCACGGUCUCCUUGAAGACCUUAGUAACAAACAUAGUGUCCUCCUGGCACUCAGCUAAGAAAUACUCGAACACACUCCUUUCAAGACCAGACAACAGUGGAGCGGAGCAACUCAAAGACUGGUCACCUGAAGUUCCUAAUGCUAAGAUGUCUGGGCUGAGAACCUUUAUUCGCAGGGUUCAACGCACCAAUGGACAGAGUGUGGCCGUAAGCGAGCUUGCUACUUUGGGUACAAUGAACACAGAGGUUGAGCAAGACUACCACCAGCAACUGCGGAAGAUGCAGGGAGUUGACGUUGAGAGAGGGUCCUGA